GCCCGGAGCCGCCGCAGCCGCAAACGUCGCCAUGCCCGUGGAUCUGGCGAAGUGGGACGGGCCCCUGAGCCUCGCCGAGGUGGAGCAGAAGCCGGCGCACCCGCUGAGGGUCAAGUAUGGCUCCGUGGAGAUCGACGAGCUGGGCAAGGUGCUCACGCCCACUCAGGUCCAGCAUCGCCCCACCAGCAUCGAGUGGGACGGCUGCGAUCCCCAGAAACUUUACACCCUGGUUCUCACAGACCCUGACGCACCCAGUCGGAAGGACCCAAAGUUCAGGGAAUGGCAUCACUUCCUGGUGACCAACAUGAAAGGCAACGAUGUGGGCAGCGGGACCGUGAUGUCGGAUUACGUUGGCUCCGGGCCUCCCAAGGGAACAGGGCUGCACCGCUACGUGUGGCUGGUGUACGAGCAGCCCCAGCGGCUGGCCUGCAGCGAGCCCGUCCUGUCCAACCGCUCCGGGGACAAGAGGGGCAAGUUCAAGGUGGCCGCUUUCCGCAGCAAGUACGGGCUGGGGGCGCCCGUGGCGGGCACCUGCUACCAGGCCGAGUGGGAUGACUACGUGCCCAAGCUCUACGAGCAGCUCUCGGGGAAGUAGGGCCUGGGCCCCUGGGGCACUGCAGCACCCGUGGGUGAGGCCGGGCACGGGGCUGUAGUUCCGUUUUGUUAAUGAGUUGAACCUAAUUGUCCUGCUCUGACCGCUGGAAAUGUCGCUGUCCCUGCUCCAUGUCCCUGUCUCCAGGCCUGUGCUGAUGCUCGUGGUAUCCUAGCUAGAGAGCUGCUGAUGGGUGUCCCUGGAAGGGCCACUCCCUCCAAACUGACCUGCUUAAGGGAAUCAAAAGCCUUUGUGAAUUAGUGUAAAUUCAGGGGGUCUCUGCUGUCUUGGGGUGGUUUGAGGUGGCAGGGGUGUGGGUACACAACCACUUUGGAGUGGUGCUGGCUGUGGAGACUCUCUUUUCCAAGAGAGAAGAGGGCAGUCGAAGGGAAACUUCCUCCCUUUUUUUUUUUUUCUUUCCUCCUCCUACAUUUAGCCAGUGCCUCAACAUCACCACUACAGUAGUGAAGGUGCAGCUCAAGGGGGAGGCAGGAGCUGGCCUAGAGCACUUCCUUCUGUUCUCUGCUGCCACUCAAAGCUGAGACCACUUUUUGUUCAGUCCUGUGGUGACCUGCCCUGUGUGCACAGUGCAAUUAAAAACUUCCCAAGGCC